GGAUGCCUUUGGACACUGAGCCAGUUCCUAGAUAUGGAAAUCAUUCAUUUGAUCCACUCGAGGCAGGGAAGAGACCAGUUGGUUUCCAUGAUGAGGCCAUUAACAAAUCAGGUGCUACUCUCCACCCUGGUUAUCUUGGCCUAGGUCCUGGACAUGGGAGACAUCACAUGGACGGUAUGGCUCCCAGAAGUCCUGGUGGUGAAUAUCCUGAUAUGCCUCCCCAUAGAAUGCGGCCCCUCUCUGGUGGGCUUGUUGGUAAGGCAGAUAUAGAUGAUUUUGAUGGAAGACCUGCACGUCAUUUUGGUGAGCCAUUUGGCAUUGCAUUCCAUGAUAGUCGGUUUCCUCGUCUGCCUGGUCAUUUGCAUAGAGAUGAGUUUGAGGGUUUUGGUAAUUUUCGAUUGGGUGAACAUCCAAGGGAUGGUAAUUUUAUUGGCCAAGAUGAAUUUGCUGGUCCAUUUCAAAGGGGUGAACAUUUUGGUCCGCAUAACUUUUCAAGGCAAUUGCAUCAAGGGGAACCUAUAGUUUAUGGUGCCCAUCCUGGCUCUCGAAGUUUUGAAUCUUUCAGCAAAGGAAACAGGCCAGGUCAUCCGCAGCUUGGUGAACCUGGGUUCAGGAGCAGCUUUUCUCUUCCUGGAUUUCCUAAUGAUGCUGGAUUUUUACCAGGAGAAGCCAGGUCAUUUGAUAAUGUGAGAAGGAAGCCUGCUAGCAUGGGUUGGUGCCGGAUAUGUAGAGUUGAUUGUGAAACAGUUGAAGGUUUGGACUUGCAUUCUCAAACAAGGGAGCACCAGAGGACGGCUAUGGAUAUAGUUAAAAGCAUCAAACAAAAUGUGAAGAAACAAAAAUUAAUACCAAGUGAACAUUCCUCAGUCAAAGAUGGAAACAAGACAAGAAACACUGGUUUUGAGGGUCGAGGAAAUAAACAUUGAGUAGCCAUCGUUUGCGGUUACUUGGCUUUCAUGCAGAUUUCAACCAAAGAUAUUGCUGCGGUUGCUACCAUCAUAUUAAUGGAGAUGUUUUUGGGAUCUGAAGUACAUUGGCAAACCGCUUCUUCCUAGUUAAAGCUUAUAUCAUCUUUCUAUCACAUUGUGGGGAGCACUCAUUGAAGUGGUGAGAUAUGCUUGUUGAUUGGCAAUUCUUGGCUUCAAUCUCUGCAUUGUCAUUGUGUUUUUAUCAGGUUCGUUAUUUUUUAAUCUUAAUAAUUUAUGCAAAAUUGCUAAUAGAUUCCUUCUGAACUCAAACCAAGAGUCUGUUCUCUAGGCUGUUUUAACUUGUCUGCAUAUAUUUUGAUGGUGGAUGGUGGCUCAUGGCGGAAGGGUAAAAAACCACCAUGAGGUUACAGCAGAUGGUGUUGAGGCAAAUAGCGGAAAUCGCCGUGGGAAUGGAUCCUCUCAAUUGUUGAAAAAAAUUGAGGGAGUAAAGUGUGAUCUAUAACCCUUCAAUGCACUCUCUCUCAUGUUUUCUCUUGGUCCCACUUAUAACAAUUAAUGGUGAGAGAUCACACUUUACUCCAUCAAUUGUUAAAAAAAAUUGAGAGGAUCCAUUUCCAAGGGCCGAUACAUAAUAAAACUACUAAAAGACAAAGGAAAAAAUUUAUAUCUAAGCUACUAACUACUAAUGCUUUAUCAAUAAUAAUAUGAAACUAUUUGUCCAUAUUAUAACAAUCAAUAUUAAAGAUUAAAACUAAUUUCUAAUUGACAUAAAUAAUAAUAUUAAUUUAAAUUAAGCAACAGCAGAAGCAAUUUGAGGGUUUAGAUUAGGAAAAAAAAUUUGAGGGUGAGAAUAGGAAAAGAAAAAGAGGAUUAGAAUAGAAAAACAAAAACUUGAAGGUUCAAAAUAUAAAGAAAAAAAGGAAGCAGCUUAGAGAAGCAGAUUAAUGAACAAUGUCCAAUGCUGUCGUAUCCCUCUGCUGGUCAUGGCACCAUCAUGCCUCUGUUGUGUUAUGUUGCUUCAUCAUUGUGGUCUUCCUCUUCCUCUAGCAGCAGAGAGGGAGAGUGAACAGCAGAGAGUAGAGGGCAUGAAAGAGGCAGGAUAUGAGAACUAGAGAAGGUUUGACUUAUAAAUGUUAGGUUUAGGGUUAUUAAAAUGACCAAAAGACACCCUUCUAAUUUAUAAAGUUCCAAAAAACAAUGCCAUUUCCGCCAUACUUGUAUUGGACCGCCAUGGUGCCACCGCCAAUGCGGCCACCAUUUGCUCAAUGCCUUUUCUGCAAUGCCACACACUUAAGAUGGCAGUUAGUUCAAAAACUGACAUGCCAUGGCCGCAAUCUAAAAACACUGCUUGUAUGUUGUAUGAACUUAUGUUGAUUGCUUGCCAUGUGUAGUCUAUAUGCCAUAGUUACUUUAGUUCUCACAAUGAUGCAAAUUUAUAGAAUAGUAAGAUGCUUAACCUUGAACUCUGUUGAAAUCAUUUUGAGACAACAACAUCAAUUGGCUUCUAAUGACAGACAUGGAAUGUUUGGAAUUGACAAUUACAAAUGAAAGUGUCUCCCUUUGCCUAGUAUGUACCUCUCAAAAUGUGUAGAAAACCUGAAUUAGUUUCUAGUUUUUGAGACCAAAGGUCAUAAGUUAAAUAACGUUUGAUGUAAAUUAGUGGAAGUACCAUAAGAAGAUUAAAGAGUUGUUAGUACCAUAGCGUUUGAUUUAAAUGCUAGGCAAUUUAGAUGUAUGAAUUUAUAAUAAAACAAGAAAAAUAACUCUUGACAUUUUGAUAAUAUACUAUGUGCGUCAGUUUAGCUUUAGAUACGCAAUCAUGUGAAUGCUACUUGUAGCCAUUGGGGGGGUGGGAGAGAGGUGAUCAAGUUCUGGGCCAUAGCCAGGAUUUUAACUAGGAGGUGGGGAUUGGAGAACUUUCUAAGGUACUAAGGCAUAAAAUAUAGUGUAUACCAUACAAAUCAAAAUUUAUAAUUAAGACGACAGAUUGCUAAAAUAUGCCUGUUUAUGCAGUUGGUAUUUUUAUGAAGGGUAUAAUAGUAUAGAGCAUUAGCAGUAUAAGAUUUAUGCCGUCAAAUUUAUAGUUGUAAUAGUGUAUUAUAUUAUAUUAUUAAGGUCAUAUAUAACAUUUAUAAUAAGAUUUUCAGCGAGUUCAUUUUCAGUAUAAUCAAUUACGCAAUGUGUCGUAUAGUUUGCCUUCCAUCUUUUGGAGUAGAAGAAUAUAAUAAAAUUUCAAAUGACUCAACAUGGUCCACCUAGAAAGAGGCCUGGUAUUUGUAUUUGUAUUUGUAAUAAGGCUUCAUUUUAACCAAGGACUAGCUAGGGACAUCAACACUCAAAUAGGAUUAGACAAAUACAUAAAUAAAAUGAUUCCGUGAUGAAAAUAUUAAACAAAAUAAUAGAAGCAAUAAGCUGGAUAGAAAAGUGGUAAACUAGACAAAAUAGGCACGAACCAGGGUAGCAAAAGAUCAAUUAUAAUGUAGAGCAAAUGAGCAAUCAUAGACAUGUCAUAACAUUACCUCCUUUAGAGUAGCCACCUUUUAAUUUCAGAUCAUGGUUAGUGUGAAGUCCUUAAAAGUUAAAAACACAUCACGCUUCCCCCAAAAUUGUGUCAAUCUUUGACAUGGAUAAUGAUUAUUAACACGCCAAGUUUUAAUUUGUCUGUAUUUAUUUAGAAUAAUUGAUUUCUACAUCGAUCCAAUAGCACUAUGGAAUGAUGUAAAAUUGAUUGAACUAAACAAGUAUCGUGUAGCUCAAUCAGUGCGUAUAAAGUUGGAUGUUCAUAGUGUGUAUCAGAAUUAGGUAACAUGUUUUGUGGUUGAACAAAUUUUCUUUAGUAUCAAUAUCAUAUGUACGAUGUUAUUUCAUUAGAUAUUUAGAUAUUCAUGCUAACGUAUUUCUCUUCUGAAGUGUGGCGACAACUUUUCCCAGGUGUUAACUAUUGCCUGUCUUUUUUUUCUUUUUCUUUUUCUUUUUUCCUUCCAAAAAGGUUUCCUUUAUAUAACCUCUUGUGAC